UGCCCAGUUCCAGGAUAAGCAGAUUACAAUGGGGGUGGAGGGGAUUCUCCUCAAUGCUCCCACAUUGCAGACUAGGGGCUACAAUCUGAGUGUCAACAACACCAUAGUGAAGAUUUCUAUCCCCUAUGGAGCUGAAGGGGGAUAUCUGAAGAGUCGUGUCAUUAAUAACCAGUACAACCAACUCUAUGCCAUUGACCUCUUCUUGGAGCACCAGUGGGCUGAUGACCUGUGGGAGGUGACCCAGCACCGAUCCUUCAAGCCGGUCAACACCCCCCUCAUUCCUGAGACCCCUUAUGUCAUAAACAACACUGUCCCAAGUGAGAAGGGCUUUACAGUGACCCUUGGUAACUUCAAGCCAGAUGUUGAGCUGAAGAAACUGACCAUCAACGGGGUUCCCCUGACCCUUCCUGAGGCCCAGAACAGGGGUGUGGAGAUCAUUAAGGUCCAGCACCCCAAUGGCACAAACGAUUUUGUCCUGAAGGUCCCCUUCAACAACCCGUUGGUCUCUGUAGAGUACAUUGGAGGUCUCAUCCGGAGAUACACCUUGAACAUCAACUACACCUUGAACAUAGUCCCCCAGAAUGACCUGUAUUUCCACCCGGCCACUAUCGUGUGCGAUGUGAAGGAUGUCAGAUAUCUCUCUGAGGGGCCUCACUGUUCAAGUGGAGCUGAACAUGAGGAACAUCAAGAAUUUGCAGGUCGAAAAGCAGUUUGUGCAACGCUGCCCAAUCCCGACCAGGGAGCUGCUGGGUGUAUUUCCAUUGCAUGGCAGUAGUUUGUGAUCCUAACCUGGAGGAUACCUGCAAUAAAACAUGUGUGCCUGGAGACCAGAGAUCUGGUAAGUAGACCGGUCUAUUGAGCCAACAGUCGGUGAAAGUCCUCCUUGGCAUUUUGCUGGUGUGGUCCAGUCUUGUUGUACGAUUCUAUCCAGUACAGCUAUAGGAAUUCUGAUGCACCAGAAGGCUGGUGCUGACCAAGGUGUGUGGGUUUGUUUGUUUUUUGUUUUUUUUUCCCCAGCCUGCAGUGUUGAUAGUUUCAGGAAGACGCAUGGUUAUGUUUCUGCUGGACCGGUCCAAAUGAAACCUGAGGGGGAAGUUGCUGACAUCAAAGCUGCAGGUGAUGGGGGUCUCUCCCUACACCCCCACUCGACCUCUCCGCUCCGCCUGCACUAGAAGACUAGCUCUACCUCCGCUACGCUCCCCUGCCUCCAGAGCCCGCUCCUUCUCCACCCUUGUUCCGCAGUGGUGGAAUGACCUUCCUACAGAUGUCAGGACUGCCCAGUCCCUGACCACAUUCCGGCGCCUCCUUAAGACUCACCUCUUCAAACAGCACCUGUAGAACUCCUCUGUUUGUAUCCUGGGACACUAUCACCCUUCAUUUAAAUGUGCUUUAUUUUGCUCUUAUCUGCCCCCUAUUUUACUGCAUUUAAUCCUGUACUUCAGAAUACUGUAAUCUGCCAAGUGUUUAACCUGUAGUACUUUGUAUUUAAUCAUAUCCUGAUGUAACUAUCACUAUUAUCUGCUGUAUUAUUGAAUUGUGGUUUGUCACACUUGUACUUUGCUUGAACAAAAGUUAUUGUAUUUCUUGCUCUUAUUGUAUUACUUGUAUUGUAACACUUGAAAUGUAUUUGCUUACGAUUGUAAGUCGCCCUGGAUAAGGGUGUCUGCUAAGAAAUAAAUAAUAAUAAUAAUAAUAAUAAUAAUAAUAAUAAUAAUAUAGAUAUAAAUCUCUCUCAAGGUAGUGGUGUAACUAGGUUUUACAGUAGUGUGCAAGUUUAUUAAGGUCUCAUUUUUAUAUGCCAACCUGCAUGGUAUGAGAAUUUCUGUUUUUGGUUGGCAAUAUAGAAUAAGGCACUCUGAAUGCUAGACCGCUUUGUUUUUUAAUUGGUAAAACAACUUCUAAAGUAAUGUGCAUUUUACCCUGUGGCUGUUUCCUUUUCCCUUUUGUAUUUUAAAUGAUUUGCAUGCUAGCCUCCUGAGGCAUUCAUGCAGCAAAGAACACUAGCUACUAGUCUCAUGAGGUCAUGCAUUUGUCUUGGUCCUCCAUAUGAAGACUAAGG